AUGGCAUACAACCGACAGGUUGAGGCCUUCAGAGAAGAAGAAUACCCUAUGAUGAAAGGGAAAACAUAUCUUGACCAUGCGGGCACAACUAUAUAUGCGAAGUCUCUAAUUGACAAAUUUUCCAAAGAGAUGGUGGAAAAUCUCUUUGGAAACCCACACUCGGCAUCAGCCCCGGCGCAACUUUCGGGGUAUGUCGUCGACUCCGUGCGUGAAAAGGCCUUAAGAUUUCUUGGAGCCGAUCCUGCUCAUUUUGACCUCGUCUUCACUGCGAAUGCUACUGCAGCGAUCAAAUUGGUCGCAGAGAGUUUUAGAGAUUUGGCUCUAGAGAGUUCGACGUCGGGAUCAUUUUGGUACGGCUAUCAUAAAGAUGCUCACACGAGUCUCGUUGGUCCGCGAGAACAUACCAAUGGACAGCAUCACUGCUUCACAAGCGACCAAGAAGUAGAAGACUGGUUACUUGGUCACAGAUCUCUCUCGGGAAGAAGGGAAGAUGAUGAAACGCCAGGAAUCCUUGCAUUUCCGGGGCAAUCAAAUAUGACCGGCCGUCGACUACCUCUCUCCUGGAGUAAGAAAUUACGGAGGUCGACUCGCAUUUCACACCAGAAUACCUAUUCUCUCUUAGAUGCUGCAGGCCUUGCGACAACAACUCAGCUUGACUUCAGUGAUCCCGACGCGUCUCCUGAUUUUACCGUCCUUUCAUUUUACAAGAUAUUUGGGUUUCCCGAUCUAGGAGCUCUGAUAGUUCGCAGGAAAUCGGCACAUAUCUUGACUUGGCGUAAGUACUUCGGCGGCGGUACAGUAUCGUCUCUGACCGUAAUACAUGAGGCAUCUUACCACAGGAAAGACGCCACGAUUCAUGACGGAUUAGAAGAUGGUACAUUACCAUUUCAUUCGAUUGUUGCACUGGGGUGUGCCAUUGAUGUGCACCAUGAUCUUUAUGGCUCAAUGACCAAUAUAUCCAAGCAUACGAUGUUCCUCACUCGGCGCCUUUACGAAGGCCUAUCAAACAUUCGCCACUCUAAUGGUCGGCCUGUUUGCGAAAUAUACCAUGACGCAACUAAUAUCCACCCUUACACAGACGCCGCCACCCAAGGUGCUACUGUAGCAUUCAAUAUUCUACGGUCGGACGGUAGUUACGUGUCGUAUUCAACAGUAGAACAAUCAGCCAACCGGAAAGACAUAUACGUAAGAGCUGGUGGGCUUUGCAACCCUGGAGGCAUCGCAAGUUAUCUCAAGGUAGCACCUUGGCACUUCAAGCGAGCUUGGUCAGCCGGUCAUCGCUGUAGCGAAUCUGACAACACGGAGAUAAUCAAUGGAAAGCCUACGGGCGUGGUACGGGCCAGUCUGGGAGCCAUGUCGAUCCUUUCCGAUGUCGAUACAUUCCUUGCAUUUAUGCUGGAAACAUUUGUUGAAGACAUAGGGCAAACUUCAGGGGCUGUCGGUCCAGUUGUCGUGAAAGUACCCGGAAGUUGGCCUAUUAGAGAGCUUUUUCCCAUCAACACGGGAUUGAAACAGAACUCGAGGGAACAGCCGCUAAGACGGUAUGAGGUGUACGAUUAUGAGAUUGAUAGAGGGAGACCACGGACAAGCCAUUCGACAACUUACCAUUCCCCGGCUCAUCAUCUUUCAACCGGAUCAAAUGAUAGUGCGAUAGUGAUGUCGGCAACAGAAGUUAAAUAUUGGGAUGAUACUAAUAAAGGAGGGGACCACGGAACUUGGCCCGAAAAAUGGGAAAGAAGAUGUUCGAAUGAAAACGAAAAGGCGAAAUCAAAAUCGGAGUCAUGGCCGACGGAAGAAAAGGGGAAAAAACCGGAAAAGACGUUAUCGAAAGCCAAGAGUUUUUGGGGCUUGAAUAAAGUCGUCAAGGGCAGGACCAAGGGGUGA